AUGAAGCUUUGCUUCUACAGAGGCAUUAGUGAGGAUGCGCAUGAGGCUGAUGUUCCUCGGCGUCGCAAGCCUACUGCUUCAGCACGUAGGCAACGGGUUCGUUUGCAUGAGGACGUCACUGAGAGACCUGAGUAUGUGCCUCAGUUGCAUGAGGAUGUUCCUCAUGUGUCUAAUGCCACCCCAGAGAUGACAGGCGCCGCCGAUGCUGUUCAGACAGAGGAAGUGGCUACUGAUGGGAGCUUGGGGUCACCUGCUGCAGAUGAGGGAUUCCCCGGUGGACCACGCGACCCAUCGAUUUUGACCGAUUUUGCUGAGCAUGAGCGACCUGAUCUGAAGUUGGUCUCCCACGGUAGAAAAGUAGAUAAAAUUGGGAGAUCAGCGCUUGAGAUCGAAGGGUUGAUUGUUGGCACCGGAUUGAGUCCACUGAUCAGGUGUUUUGUUAUCACCACUGAUCCUGGACUUAUAUCCGCCUUUUUCGAGAGGUGGCAUCGCGAGACUAGCAUGUUCCACCUGCUAGUAGGCGAGUUGACGAUCACGUUGGAUGACGUGGUGUCACUCUUACACCUUCCCAUCACUGGCGCGCUACAUACGUUCGAGCCGCUUGUUACUUCAGACUCGAUUGGUCUACUGACGGAGCUUCUUGAGGUCAGUCAUGAGGAGGCUACAUUUGAGACCCGACAGGCUAGUGAGCCUCAUGUCCGGUUGGGGUGGCUUCGGGACUUGUAUGAGAGCCAGUGCAGGGCCAGACGAUGGGUUGUAGCAGCCCGCACGUAUCUGCUCCACUUGGUGGGUUGUACUCUUUUCGCCAACAAGAGUUCAACCCAUGUACAUGUCGUGCACCUGAAGGCUUUCAGGGACUUGGCCCAGGCAGGGGGAUUCGCCUGGGGAGCGGCUGCAUUAGUCCACAUGUAUGACCAUCUGAAUGUCGCGUCGCAGGCCUCUACACGGCAGCUGGGCGGUUAUAUUACACUUCUCCAAUGCUGGAUAUACGAGCACUUUCCUACAAUGCAUACAUCCGUCGUUCAUGAUGCUUAUGAUGAGGGGAGCCCACGGGCCUGCAGGUGGCUUACAGGUAAGGCUCAUAUGACGGGGAUCAAGGGAGCCUCGUAUCGGAGACGUUUGGAUGCCCUGACUGUGACUGACGUGUGCUAG